UGCACACUAAUCUCGGUUUUAUCGUUUCCGUCUAAAUAAACUAAUAAAAACAGGAAGUUUCCAGGAACAAAUUUGAUAUUCUUCAGAAACAAAGAUUUAAAAGGACGUGCAGCAAUUUUUUUUUUUUUGUGUCUAUCACCAGGCAAAAAAAUGACCAAAGAAAGCUUUUCCAUUCUGCACCAUGGAGCCGAUGAAUACAGUAGAAAUAAUUCGAGAGAAAAAGGCAGUCGCGCUGAUGGUAAUGUUGCAGGUAACAAACCACCAUUCAGUUCAAAUAGACGCUGUUGGUUUUUGACCAUCUUUGUCCUUCUGCUCUUCAUAGUUUCUCUAGCACUUCUCAUCAUUUCUUUCCAAAACAUUUUUAGAAUGAAAAGAGAACAAAAGAGACUGAAUGAAAAAGUAAUAAAGUACAACCUUCUGGUGAAGAAACUUCAGGACGCCAUUGAAAAAGACAGAGGAAAUGUCUACGGCAAGCUGAGUGACUUUGAGUCUAACAUGGCAGAUCUUAUCAAGAACAGCAGUCACUUUAAGAACAGUACUCAGAUGACAGUUGAACAGUCCCAGAAAGAAAUCGCAGAUCUCCUUAUGAAAUCGAUUGGAGCUUGGACAGCCCUGCAAAGUACCUGUGCCAAUACAACAGGGAGCUCAGGGUCCUCUGAUUCUCCUUGUGGUGCUAAGUGGCUGGCUCUUAAUGACAGCUGUUACUACUUUGUAUUGAAGCCCAUGGACUGGUUCAGUUCCAAGAAGUUCUGUGCAAACUACAAAGCCACAUUAGUUGUUAUCAACAGUGAAGAAGAGCAGGAAUUUAUCACUGAGCAACACAACUCCAAGUUGUUCUGGAUUGGGCUAAGCGACACUGAAGAAGAAGGCAACUACAAGUGGGAGGACGGAACAAACUUCACGACCACAACAACGUUCUGGAGGACUGGUCAACCAGAUGAUUACAAUGAUAACGAAGACUGCAUUGCAUUAGAUACUGAAAAAGGCACCUGGAAUGAUGCACCUUGUAACGACAAGUAUUUCUUCAUCUGUGAAAAUACAACCCUUUUACUUGAUGAUAUAAACAUGCAGUGAACAGCAACAUAUACUAUUAAAGGCUGAACUGUGUUGAAAGUUAAGAUAACACUUUAGUUUAGGCACUGCAAAAUUGCACCAAUUAUUCAUUUACUCUUUUCUAAUAAGACCGUAUUUAAGGCUUCUUUUGGUUUAAAUGAUAUAAGGCAUCAGUAAAAUGGUAAUUCAUCUGUGCAAUGUGGCCUACAAAAAUAACUUCAAUUUGGAAUGGUCAGAAAUGUCUUAAGUGAGACAUAUUUCUGACAUUACAUACUUCAAUAAAUGGCUUGUGAAUCCUUCAUAUUCAUAACUAAUCCUACCAGUAUAUCAAAUGUCACACUGCACACUGAUGAAUUACCUAUUUAUUGGUGUUUUAUUACCACGCUUAUUACUACGUUUAUUUUAACUUCACCUGUUUGUUGUCUGGUACAAAUCCUGUAAUCGAUAUUUAACCCACUUCCUA